AUGCAACGACGUCUCAAGCCUUUCCUUUCCAACUCUUCUCUAUGUAAAACAUGGAUUGGACUGGAAGGAGGCUCUCCUUCCGUUCUCACCAACAAUGGACAUCAUAGACUUGCCUUGAGAAGAAAUAAUAAUAAUACUACUACUAACAACCAAUGUUAUGCUUCCUAUUCAACCACAACAACCUCUCAUCAGUCUGCCACAAGUGUUGCCGUGAAUGAAGAGACAUUUCCAUCGAGGCCAUCACCAUCGGAAUUGAUUUCAGAGGAAGCACAAACCGCCUCAGCACCAUCACUCUCACCUGCAGAAAUGGCUACUUCAGAGCAAGCAGCUUUGGAGGCUAUGGAGAGAAAAAUUCUAUGUGCUGCUUUUGAAUUUCAAUCACAAGAUAAUGUUGAAUCUCUAACUGCACAAUUACCAAAUAUUGACAAGACAUAUCCUAAUCCUAACCUUGCCCAAUACUAUGAACAACAUAAUGCACAACUUCAAUCCCGAACCUUAAAAGAUAAUAUUGUGGAUUCACAACCAUACUACCGUCUUUCUAGUUUUAAUUAUAGCGCACUAAGAUAUAGCUUACUCAGAGCGGGAUUUAAGAGAUUAGGAAAGGACGUUCCUGUGGUUGAGAGAGGAUUUAUGAGUGCAGACGAGGAGGAAAAGGAGAGACGUUUCGAAAGUUUCAUCAAGGAACCAUUUUCAAUUUUCUGGGGACGUCACUUGCCUGCUCACUUUUAUCAACACUUGAAUGCAUUUCAAAAAGUGAAUCAUUUUCCAGGAUCAACAAAUUUAGGUCGAAAGGAUUUACUCUUCAUUAAUCUCUUCAGACAACAGCAAUUAAUGGGAGGUGCUGAAUAUGACUUUUUCCCUGACAGCUUCCUCUUACCGUACGAUUACAAUGUUUUUGAACAGAGAUGUAAGGAACAAGAGCUCUUCAUUCUCAAACCAUUCGCAAGUAGCUGUGGAAGAGGAAUUAGCGUUUACAAUACCAAGAAACAGGCUCCAAUUCCACAAGACAAACGUAUCCUCGCUCAGGAAUAUAUUGCAAAUCCAUUGUUGAUUAGCGGAAAGAAAUUUGACAUGAGACUCUAUGUUCUUGUCUCCUCAUAUGAUCCUCUUCGUGUUUAUUUGCAUAAUGAUGGAUUAGCGCGAUUUGCCACCGAAGAAUACGACAUGGAAAAUUUGGAUAGUGUAUUUUCGCAUUUAACCAAUUACUCACUCAACAAAAAGUCUGAUGCCUACGUGAGAAAUAAUGAAGAAGGAGAGUCAGAGGAGGAUGGUUGGAAUGAACAUGCUCACAAAUGGAGCAUUCCAUCCCUCAAAUCAUACCUCAAACGAAAUGGAUUCCCAGUCGAAAAGAUUUGGGGUGACGUUGAAUCACUCAUUGUCAAGACAUUAAUUUCCGUUGAAGGAAGAAUUAGACAAACAUGUGACAAGGUCAAAUUGCCAAGCACAAAGAACUGCUUUGAAAUUUAUGGUUUUGACGUCAUGAUCGACAACAAUUUGAAGCCAUGGCUCAUUGAGGUCAAUAUAAUGCCAUCUCUAGGAGUGUCCUCAGUGCUCGAUAAACGCGUGAAGGUCGAUGUUUUGAGCGAAGCUUUCCAUAUUAUUGGUAUGGUUCCUUACUCGCGUUCGAAUUACGAACAAGAGAAACAGAGCAAACUUCGUUAUUAUGGAGAAUCUGUGAGUGCUCAAGAAAAGUACAUUCUCCACGAUAGUGAAGAUGAAUUGUCACGAAUGCACAACUUUAAGAGAAUUUAUCCACCUGUGGAUGGCAACCCUGGUCGAUACGAGCAUUUGUUUGCUGAGCAUGUGCCAUCGAAUAAGAUUUUGAUCGAUUUUGAAAAAGAAAAACUCAAUCAUAGUAUUGAGUCUCUUCACAAACUCAUUGCAUAA